AGGAUUUUAGGGAACAAAGGUAUGGAUGCAGUGUUUAAUACCCAGUUCGUUGUCCAGAUUGGAGAUUUUACUGCAGUGCCUAUGAUAAUGGGCUUCAUUCUUGAAUUGGAGUUGCUGCAGGUUGGCUGUUUUCAGCUUCAUCACCAUGCAGUUGCUUUCAUGUAUUACUACAGCAUGAGGACCUCUGUAUGGAGACGCUUUUGGGGUUCAGCAACAACUACCAAACUAUGAG